AGACACAGUGAUUGCGAGAGAGGGAGAGAGAGUGAAGCGUAGCCAAACUUGCCUUUGUCUUCUUCUUCUUCUUCUUCUUCUUCUUCUUCUUCGUCUCGCUCUAUCUCUGGGCACGCCGCAGUCGCUGACCUCGCCCUCUACUGCCCCUGCAUUCCUGCGCGCAUCUUCGCUCGAGGUCUGUUGCCUUCUCGGGAGGCGGGAAAUGGAGCUAAUCGAGGGCACGUACGGCCUCCGAGCUUUCGGCUUCGUGUAGAGCCUUCGACCGAGGCUCUCCCCGCGCCGACAAGCGCCAGCCUGUCUCUCCCUGGAGUUGUCGGCGCUUUCUCUUGCUCACUGGGUUUCUUCUCCCUCCGAUAGCUUCGCCGGCGCGGCUCAUGGCCUUCCGGAGACUGAUCGCCGUAAGCUUGGAUCCCGAACGGAAGAGGAGCGGCGGAUUGAGGACGAAGCAGGCUGGAAGAGGAUCGUGUCGCGGGAGUUAGACCUGCAGCGAGCUGCGUGUCGCCCGCCCGCCCGCGGAAAUGCGCAGUGGCCAGCACAGAUAGUUUGUUCGUGUUUUUUCUCUUCUUUGCCCUAAUUGCCAGUGCCUGGUCGGGGAAUUGUCGAGUUUGUGCUAUUGUGAGUUUCUCGACUUUGGAGGUUUCUCUUUUUUGGGGCUCGAGGCGAUGGGAUACCUAUUGAAAGAGGCUCUGAAGACAUUGUGCGGAGUGAAUCAGUGGUCGUAUGCCGUGUUUUGGAAAUUCGGCCAUCAAAAUCCCAAGCUGCUGAUUUGGGAAGAGUGUUACUACGAGCCCAUGACAUUUUCUCUUCCUCCCCAAGUUUCUGGUUCUGGUCCUUCUGAAGCGCCAACUGGAGGUUGGGAAGCUAAAGAUAGAGUUCAAAUGCUUAUCGAAAGAAUGAUGACCAAAGCUCAAAUUAUUGUCGUCGGUGAAGGAAUAAUUGGCCGGGUGGCAUUCACGGGAGAUCAUGAAUGGAUUGUUUCAACGAGUUACAGUGGACAUGCCCAUCCACCUGAGGUUGUAAACGAGGUCCAUCACCAAUUCUCUGCUGGCAUACAGACUGUGGCAAUUAUUCCUGUUCCACUUCAUGGUGUUGUGCAACUUGGCUCUUCCAUAGCUAUCAUGGAGCACUUGGGGUUUGUAAAUGAUGUAAAGAGCUUGAUCCUGCAAGUGGCCCGCAGCCCUGGUGCUCUAUUUUCUAGGAGUUCUGCUGGAAAAGCUGGGAUGUUAGGUUAUCCUGGAACCCUCACUUCCAAUCCUCCUGGAAAUUGUCAAGUGGUUGGCUGGGAAUCUUUGAUGAGUAACAGCUGCAAAGAUAUGAGCAACUCUUCUCGCACUUCAGGGCUUGUUGGACGAUCUUCACCACUAACUACUAACACAGUGGAUAGUAUGCAGACUACUGCAUCUACAUUACUUAACCUUGAAAAGGCCCCAUCCCUAGCUGAAUUCUGUAGUCACCCCUCCAAACCUAGUUGUGUGUCGCUCAUGAAAACUGGCCUUUCUCCCAGGGGCAAAGUAGAUUUGGGGCUAGCAAAAGCUGAAGUUAUUCCUGCGAAUCUUCAUGCGUGGCUGAACCAGCAUGCUGUCGCAUGCAAUUUGGGGAAUGACAAUGGAGGUCAAACUGCUCUUGGUCCAACACAUGGCUCAUGCAGCAUCUUUGAGCCUAUCAGAAAGAAGAUAUCAGCAGGUGUUGUGCCUGCGAAACCUGACAAUAAAUGGACUAGUUUUUUGAAUAGCACUGUCACUGCCCAACCUGGAAGAAAUGGAUGUUCAAUUGUUGACCCGUGCAAAACUUCUGAUGCCACUCAGCUGCUUCAAAAUGCUAAGCUGCUUCACGAAGGAACUCGUCCUCUUAGAUCAAGUUCUGUUUUGUGCUCUCUUUCUGAACCUGUCUCUAGGAAUGUGGUUGGAAAUGUGUCAUUUCAAGACGGUGAUUUUACUAAAUUAGAGGGCAUUCCACUGUUUAACUUGUCAGAACAAUUGCUUUCUGGAGCCUCUGGUCAGAGAAAUCAUCUAAUGAGCACAAAACGUGCUCAGACUGAAUUGCCUUCUAAGAAACAGAGGAUGGUCGAUAAUUUUUCUCGACAAGUCAUGCUACCAAACUGCUCAAAUGUAUCUUUGAUUGAGCAGAAGCCUGAGUGGGCUCGUGCUUCCAAGAAGCUUGAAGGUGGAAGUCACAAAGUGAUUUCCACAUGUAACAUGUAUGAAAAUGCGUCUGUCCAACAAUUAGUAAGGAACGAUCUUCUUGAUAUUUUGGGAGCAGACAUGACAAAUAAUAUUAUUGAUGGUAACUUAGAAAGUUUGCUGACUGAUGGGCCCUGUUUUGAUGCACAUAAGUCAGGUGCAGAAGCUUCAUCUGUUGUGGACAUGCAGGAAGCACUGACAGAUUUGGGUUCACUUAGUGAAGGUUUCUCAGAAAGUGGGAUCUUCUCCAUGACAGCCGUUGAUAAUCUUUUAGAUGCUGUUGUUUCUGGGACUUACCCUACUUCAAAGCCGAGCUCUGAUGACAAUGUCUCGUGUAAGACAUCAGUGACAAGAAUCAGUAGCUCUUCUGCUCCCAGUAGUUCUUCCUUAAAUAACAAUUUCGAUAUGCUAAAUCAAGAGCACAAGGACUCCUUUGGCAUUCAGAAUUCUCUUGUAAAAGCUGGAGUGUCUGAUUCUGGUUCUUUAAGGUCUGGCUGUAACAAGAAUGGAGCGGAGACAUGCUCUUUGAGUAACUCCUUUUAUGGAUCACACAUUAGCUCUUGGGUUGACCAAGGUCACAGUACGAAACAAGAUAAUACUGUUUCAACCGGGUAUUCCACAAGGCAGGAUGGGAUGAUCAAAUCAAAUCGGAAGAGGCUAAAACCUGGUGAAAAUCCAAGACCAAGGCCAAAAGACCGGCAGAUGAUCCAAGAUCGGGUGAAAGAGCUGCGUGAGAUUGUGCCGAAUGGAGGAAAAUGUAGCAUUGAUGCGCUGUUAGAACGUACUAUCAAGCAUAUGUUGUUCUUGCAAAGUGUUUCAAAGCAUGCUGACAAGCUAAAACAAAUUGGGGGAUCCAAAAUCAUCAAUGAGGAAGGUAGAUUUCUCCUGAAAGACAAUUUUGAGCGAGGAGCGACUUGGGCGUACGAAAUUGGUUCAGAGUCAAUGGUCCACCCCAUCAUAGUUGAGGAUCUGAAUCCACCGCGUCAAAUGAUUGUGGAGAUGCUUUGUGAGGAGCAAGGUUUCUUUCUAGAAAUAGCUGACAUGAUAAGAGGAUUAGGAUUGACCAUCUUGAAGGGUGUGAUGGAAACUCGCAACGACAAGAUCUGGGCUCGUUUCGCUGUGGAGGCUGACAGGGAUGUUACGAGGGUGGAGAUAUUUAUGUCACUAGUACGCCUUCUCGAGGAAACCAUGGAGAGCAGUCCAUUGGCUGCCAAUGCCAUUGAUGGUAAAACUCCGAUGGUGUGCCAGCCCAUCGCUCGAGCAACCUCUGCGACAGGCGGUCACGAUGUUUUGCAGUGAAAGCCUUGCCUCAGCUCGCGAUUUGCCUCCUCCCGGACAUGUUGAGAGCGAGCCUUACUAAUGGCUUGCGAUGACUGACAUCCACUCCAGUCUCGAACGGUCAGAUGGUUCCAACCUGGAGGAGCUCAUCACAGCUCUCUGAAUCAUGUCUCCGCUUCGGAGAACCGAUUUCGUGAUAAUAGGAGCUCUAUGCCAAGUAAGCCAAGAUAAGCCCUGCGAGCUUUUUUCCUAAACCCUGUUGACAUCUGGGAGGUUUGAGGAAUCAAAGAGUCGUGUUCAGAGAUGUAUAGAGAACGUGUACUGUGGCUGGUCAAUGUGUUUCUUUGCUUCUUC